UCAAAUGCUCUUGGGUGAAUUAUUAAGAAAGUGCUAUCUGAAAAUUCCAGGGAACCAAUGUAGGAAGAGUGAAUUCCCUGCAAUCAACAUUAAAGUUGCUGCAGUGUCUACUCUUUCCCUCGUGCUGGGGGCACCGAGGGCCUUUGGAAACACCAGUGGACUGGUAAAUGAGUAUAUAGUGGGCAGGAGCUGGGUCAGGGGAAGAAAGAAGCCACUGUAUCUGAUGUCGGAGAGAAGGGAGUGAGACACAGCCCUAGAAGAAGACAGUGGCACAGUGCCCUUCUUCUCCUUGGAGGAACAAUGUCCUUGUGAUCUUGGUAGGAAAUUACCUGAGACUCCAUCCACUUUCUUGGCUUCUGUUGUGCUGGGCUGCCAGGAGCCUGGAGAAGAUGAAGGCAUCCGUGAUGCUCUUCCUCCUUGGCUACCUCAUGGUUCCAAGUGGUGCUCGCGUCUUGGGGCGUUGCACCGUGGCUGAUAUGCUCUACAGAGGAGGCCUGGAUUAUUUUGAAGGUUACAAACUUGAAAACUGGGUUUGCCUGGCUUAUUAUGAGAGCAAGUUCAACCCCUCGGCUGUGUAUGAGAAUGAGAUUACUGGCCACACUGGCUUCGGCCUCUUUCAGAUCCGUGAGGACCUGUGGUGUGACCAUGGCAAGAAUCUCUGUAGUGUGUCCUGUUCUGAGUUACUGAAUCCAGAUUUAAAGAAGACGAUUGAGUGUGUCAAGAAAAUCGUAAAAGGAAAACAAGGAAUGGGGGCGUGGCUCAACUGGACCCGGAACUGCCAGUUUUCUGACACUCUGUCGCGGUGGCUGGAUGGGUGCAGGCUGUAGUUCAGAGGUUCUGCAACACUCAGAAGCUGCAUCUUGUGACCGAAGAGGCUUCUCUCUCUUUGCCGCUUCACUUAAUCCUGAUAUUAUCUCACCACUUGACAGCUCGGGAUGGACAGGGGGAAAGUUUGCUUUAUUCAGGGAUGUGGGAUACAGAAUAAACCAAGUUUGUUACUCAU